GUCAAAAUCCCCUCGUUGUAACUCAGGUUCACGAUGUCCACUGUUUUCCGCCAUUUUCACGUUUCACUAAAAAUACGUUUUCACACUAUUGUCUUGAGCACGGUGUGUAUCCCACUUCUGAUGUAAACUUUAGAUGGGUCUAUAGGGCGAACACCCCAAACAAUACAGCGACGCGAUUCUUUUAAACGUCUAUUAUUCCGUUUGUUUAAGUUACAGCUCAUGCCAUAGGUCACGCUCUCCACGACCGUCGCGCCAGACCCCUUCCGCCGACCCCACCUGCCACUUCGGUCUUCUCGGGAUCGACUGUCUUCGGCUACUCGGCUGCGUUCGGCUGUAAAGCCCGCAACCUCGACGUUCUCAGUCACCCAAAGACGUUCUAACAAUCACUAGACGGCCAGCGACGGAUACUUGAAUGCUGAGCCAUCGGUACUUCGGGGUGUUCUAGAUUUUCCGCUUACAUAAAUAUGAUAGGUAAGAAUUCGAAUUUUGAUUUAAAGCAAAAAUAUGAAAAUUAUUGGGUCCAAAAGGAAACAAUCUGAAACGCCUCCAAGAGGAAACAAUGUGCAAGAUAACCAUCUUGGGCCGUGGUUCCAUGAGGGAUAAAGCUAAGGAAGAAGAAAUGAGGCAGUCAUUGGACCCCAAAUUUGCACACUUGUCAGAGGCCUUGCAUGUGGAAGUGUCAACUAUAAGUCCGCCCGCCGAAGCACAUGCUCGUAUAGCAUAUGCAUUAGCAGAACUGCGUAAAUUCCUCGUCCCAGAUGAAGAGUCAAUGAUGAUGCCUCCACAGAGAAUGGGACCACCACAAUUCCGACCUGGCGGCCCUCCCAACCGUGGUUUACCGCCACCUCAUCCAUUGGGUUUCCCAGGAGGUCCACGCGGAGCUGCUGGUAAAACAAGUGUGAUGUCUAUACUUGACAGAGCACGUAUGGCCAUGGAAAAUAGUUACGGUGGAGAUGGUAUGGGUGACGAGUAUAUGGAGGAUGAAUAUGAGGAAUACCCGCCAGCGGUGCCGCCACGUGGAGGACCUGGCGUCGGUGCGAGAAGACCUGCUCCAAUCACUCCCAAAGGUUACGAUGAAUACGAUGAAGAUUAUUAUGCACCACCUCCCAAACGAGCCCUCAAAGCGCCAGUUACAGCCGCAUCUGGUCGAUUCGGUGAUUCCUCAUCCUCCCGACCAUUCGGCGGACCUGCUAAGGGUAGAGCGCCUAUAUCCGGAGGUAUGGCGCGUUCUACUGGAGCUGGUCGUUUCAGAUCAAACCAAUAUUAGAUUUUAACUCAUGAAAUUUAUUAUUGUAAGGGAAAAUUGUCUUAAUUUGAUGCUAAUUAUAUCAGACAUAGUAAGUUGUAAUUAAGAAAUAAUAAAAGUAAAGUAAGACCUAACAAUAAAAAAAAACCUAAUUAAUCCUACUGACGGAAAAUACUGAAUACUUGCGAUUAUAAAAGCCUUAAUAAAUUUAAGUAAAGUAAUAUACAUUCAAUAUAAUUAGUACAAAAGUAUAACACUACAGAAUUUCAGUGAAAAUAGAUUACCAAUUACAAGAUGUCUGUCUAAACGAUAGCUCAUAACAAUUGAUACUGUUUAAGCAGCUUACUAUUGAUAUUAGCUAUAUUUUAUCCAACAAUUUUCCCAAGUUUUUAAGCUUCAGAUCUAAUAGGUAUUAAGACUUUGUUUAAUAUUACUCCGUUGAUAGAAAAAUGACAAGAAAUAAACAUUAAUGCCAUAUCGUCAGCUUUAGUUUGACAUUUAAAGCAAAACUGUAUCAUAAAUAUUUGAAAACUAUCAUAUAUAGACAGCUUAAAAGACAAUUUGAACUAGAGUUUAGUGUAACUGAAACAAAUAUGAGAAAUAAAUACAAGCGGUUAUGUGUAAACCAAAUAAUGUUGUUCCAGUUAUAUGCAAUGAUAACAUCCAUGAAAGCUGAGUUGUCGGAAUAAAAAAUGUCAAAUUUCUAUCAAUAGGAAACAGACAUUACAAAUAUAAAUAUAAAAUAAAUUGCUAUAAAACUGAAUAUGCAUGAUGUACAAAGAUGAGCGAUCCAACUUGCACAUACCUGUUACAUUUUCUGGCCUCCAAAAAUACACAAUUGCAACGUUGCAUUAGCGCCUGAGCUGGUUCAAAGAGCAUCUAGGUAGUGUGGAAUUAGUAUGGACUGUAUAAGAGAAGCGUCACUCCGUCGUUGAAACAGUUUUUGGCGAGGUGUCUGAAAUGAUAUUGUGGUAUCCAAAAUCCUACAUGAAUUAGCUGUCAUGCCUGUGCUAUAGCGGGUAGUGAGUAGUGUAAACAUCCAUAAGGUCACCUGCAGUUAGUGGACUGCAGAACACUGUUCGAAGUGUUUCACGUGUCGCAAAACAAGCAGGAAGUGGGGCGCUGCUAUUUUGAUGCUCCGAUAAUGAUGUAAAGGCGAAUAUUGCUAUUCCAGCAUAUUUGAAAUUUGAGAUAUCGUCGCUUAAGUUCUAACACCACGUGAUUACCGUCAGUAGACAGUAUUUCAAGAAUAUAAGGUUUCAUUUGCGGUCAGACAAACAUGGAGGAUUAUAAAAUAUACGCUUGUCGUUAGAUAGCGAAUCCAAAGGCCCUUCGUUCUUUUUGCUCUCCUAUAAAGGUGUUAGUUUUGAGUUGCGCGGUGUUAGAACUCAAGCGAUGCGAGAUGUUCUUUUUAUUGUACAGCUGUGAUCUUGGUGUAAUUAUCAAAGAAUAUCCAUUCAACAUUUUUGUAUGAUUCAUGAAUUGGCAGUACCAAAAAGAAGACAACACAAAUUUGAUAUUCAGUUUUACAUCCUACGUCAAUGAGCAAUGGUAAAAAUUUCCAAAGUAUUUUAAGUUUUAUGUUUUUAUGGAUAUACCCAAAAAGUAUGAAUUCCUUGUUCGAACAUCGGUAGUAGAUUAAGUAUAUUGCGAGAAAGUAGAUGUGUUCCAUUUGUUAUUUCAUACUCUUUAUAACGUUAUUCAUUUUCACUGAAACAUAAAUACGAACUUUGAAAAAUAAAGUGAUUGUUUUCAUCUACAGUGAAAAAGCUUUUAGGAUGUAAGCAUAAAGCUUGGAUAUUCUGUUUUUUUUCUGGUUACUAACUUUAGCGUCCUUACACCCAUUUCCAAAUUUGUGAGCCAUUCCAAGCUUUGUUAGAAUCCGUGUAGCGGUUAUUGAGAUUGCACAGUAUCAAUGAAACCAGAACGACGGGUGGGAUAUCGCCAGUGAGUGGAACGCUAAAGCACCUAUUUGUCAAACCGCAAUAUUUUCCAGAACAAUCUAUUUGUCGUAUAUAGUUUAGCCAGUAAAAAUAAUAAUCUGGAUCACCCUGUUUAACCACUAUUUCUCUAUGACAUGCCAGACUACGCAUUACUCUGGAGAAAUCAAUAAAAGGUAUGAAACCACUUCAGAUGAACCAGCCGCCAGUAAUCCUCUUUCUCUUUAUUCCUAUUCCUUGGUAGUCUCCCGGCAGUAGAUCAUAAACAAAAAAAGCCUAUUGUACAGCGGCGUUUGUGAUGGUGUAGCCCCUAUAGAAUGCGGUUCUUUUCAUCUAUAAUUUAUUGCUCCAGGUUCACUCAUACUUUUUAGACUGUCGUCUUUGGUAUUUUUGGAGACCAGAAAAUGUAAGAGCCAUGUGCAACUUGAAUCGCUCAUUUUUGUGUUAUUCAUUAGAUUAAAUGUAAUGGUGUUUGUGCAUAAGCAUUUUUUAAUAAAAUUCGACACAAACAUGUAACAGAA